GAAGAAAAAACUUUUCAGCACUCAAUCCUACCGCGGCGCGCAUGGCAGACCCUUUCUUCCCUGGGCUGAAUUCCUGAUCGCGGCAGCCGCACUCCUCCGCCUGAACUCUCUCCUACUCCCUCGACCAAAAAGCCUUAAGUUGCCGUUUGAUCGGAAAACCAGAGAGCCCGCAUUCUCUUCGGCGGCGGCCUGAUUCUUGCUCUCAUUUCGCCCAUUGUUCAGCCACCCCUCAUUCCAUGGAAGGGUUCAGAACUGAACCGAAAGGCAAAUUGGAGAGGAGGACUAAAACGCAAAAGGACAGAGAGCAAAAUUAAUGGAGUUUUAGGCAGUAAAAAGAAUAGAGCAGAGGAGAAAACCGGAGGUCUAUCAGAGAAUGGAUGAGCAACCAGAGCAAGGAAAAGAAAGAGGGAAUCAUAAAUAAGGUAGUGACAGGAGAAGGGCCAUUCCGGGUAAAGUGGAGUUGAUUGUGUUCUGUAAUUAGGUAUCAAGCUCAAGUUUUUCUUUUGUUUAAAAUUCUGGUUUCAUCAGGAUGAUGAUGAGAAGAUUAACGUGCACUAGAGCCCUGCUAACCCACUUUCGUUUCAUAGCUACUGAGGUAACUUCCUCUCUACUCACCAAUCCUAGCCCUAUAACCCCAGUUGAUCAAGCUCACCUCAUCCAGGUUUGUACCAUCCUUUACCAGCAACAUAACUCCCCUGACUUGCGUCUCCACUCUUCCCUAUCCUCAUGUAACCUUCGCAUCAACUCUGAGUUCUUUCUUCAAGUCUGCAACACCUUCCCUUAUUCAUGGCGCCCUGUUUACCGCUUCUUUCUCUACACCAAGACACUGCCCCAAUUCAGUCACAACUCAGUCACCUACAACAAGAUGGUAGAUAUCAUCGGCAAAUCAAGAAACAUACAGCUUUUGUGGGAAAUCUUGCAAGAAAUGGGAAGUUGCAGCUUGGUUAAUGAUAAGACUUUUAGGAUUGCUUUGAGGACACUAGCCUCAGCCAGGGAGUUGAAAAAAUGCGUGGACCUUUUUCAUGUGAUGAAUGGGUAUGGGUUUAGAUACAAUUUGGAGACUUUGAACAACGUAGUUGAGAGUUUAUGCAAAGAUAAGCUCGUGGACGAGGCUAAGUUCAUGGUGUUCAAGUUGACUGAGUGGAUUAAGCCAAGUGGGGUAACUUAUAGAUGGUUGAUUUGGGGUUUCUGUAAUGUGGGUGAGUUGAUCGAGGCCUCAAAAAUUUGGAAUAUGAUGGUGGAUGAAGGGUUCAAGCCGGAUAUUGAAGCAGUUGAAAGACUGAUGGAGACCCUUUUCAAGAUUAACAAGUAUGAUGAGGCCAUGAAAGUUUUUCAGAUGAUGCGAGUGAAAAGGAUGGAUGAUUUAGGGCUUUCAACUUAUAGGCUUGUGAUAAAGUGGAUGUGCAAGAGAGGCAAAAUUGAGGUAGGGAACAUGGUCCUUGAUGAAAUGCGCCAGAGAGGGAUUCAACCUGAUAAUUUAACAUUGGGGUCGAUGAUUUAUGGGCAUUUAGUGAGAGGAAGGGUUAAUGAAGCUUACAGGGUUGUGGAAGGGAUUCAAAACCCAGACAUCAGUGUGUACCAUGGAUUAAUGAAGGGGCUUUUGAGACUGAGGAAAACAUGUGAAGCGACAGAAGUGUUUAGACAAAUGAUUAAGAGUGGCUGUGAGCCUAUAAUGCACACCUACAUUAUGUUAUUGCAAGGGCACUUGGGGAAAAGAGGAAGGAAGGGACAGGAUCCUUCGGUGAAUUUUGAUACGAUCUUUGUUGGUGGUUUGGUUAAAGCUGGAAAGACAGUGGAAGCAACCAAGUAUGUGGAGAGAACAAUGAAGGGAGGAAUGGAGGUCCCUCAAUUUGAUUACAAUAAAUUUUUGCAUUAUUAUUCAAACGAGGAAGGUACGGUUAUGUUUGAGGAGGUGGGGAAGAAAUUAAGGGAAGUGGGCUUGUUUGAUUUGGCUGAUAUAUUUGAGAGAUAUGGACAGAAAAUGGCUACUAGAGAUAGAAGGAGAAGUAGAGCAGUUGAGCCUUGAGAGUAACCUCUAAAAGACAUUCAUAAAAUGGUUAUGUGGGAUCCUGUAAUGUGUUGGGCAGUUGCUCGUCUAUGGAGUACUAAGAUUGGGUUGUUUAUUGAUGAGCUUCAACUUAGGUUUUAGAUCAGGGUGAUUGUACACUAAAUGGAGAAGAUGAGGCAGCGGCUGAUGGAGGUUGGGGAGACCAUCCAGGACAGCGGGCAGAUGAGAAGUUAGAAUGGAGUUUGCUGCAUUGUAGAAUCAAUCGGUGCUGCUUAAGCAGAAGCAGUGGCACCUCAUUGACACUCUUCAUCAGUUAGAGAGCUUCUUAUUUUAUUUUUAUUUUUAUUUUUAAAGAUUUUUUAUCUUCAAUGUUUUUUCUUUUUGCUAUCUAGAUUUAUGAGUCUAUGGUGUUUUAGAACAUGAGUGGAAUUCUAGAACACCCAUGAAUUUGGAUAAUUGUUAUGUCCCCUCCCUAUUUUAGGACAGAAAGAAGACAAAAGAACUACUUUGGCAGUCAGGUAGUUAGAUAUUCUUAGAUAUUCAUUUUUUGUUUUGGUUAAUUGUUAUUUCUAUGUGGUUUUUAAUGAAUAUUGAUAGUUAAC